GGAGGGGGCAGAGAGAGAUUUGUACACACAAUUCUUAGACACAGACAGCACUUAGACACAGGACAGACAUAGGGGCACAAAUAAGGGGGAGAAUACUGACAGACUAGACAGACAGAGAGAGAGAGGCACAGAGAGGGAGAGAAGUGAGAAACAGGGGAGGAACAGGGAUAUAUUUAUGAACACACAAUUCUCAUAGAUAUAGACAGAAUUGAUACAGACCUUCUCAGACACAGAGAAAAAAACAGACAUCAGCCACAGACAGUUACUCUGUCUCUCAGACACACAGACUUCCAUCACUCACUCAGGUAGACAGCUCCCAGACAUCCAAAGAAGUCCUAGGACACAGUGAAGCAGUGAAGUUCCUCCACCAUGCUACAAUUCCUGCUACUCCCUCUCCUGCUCCUGACUGUUACCCGAUGCCACCCUAUCCCGGGAGGGGACACAAUGCAGCCGGGUGGCACAUGCUGGCUCCUACAGGGUUCAAGUUCCACCUGCAGCUUAAUGUUGCUUACUGCAGUGACAUGGGAUGAAUGCUGUGGAGAUGGACACCUAGACACAGCCUGGUCCAACUAUACCGACCCCAUGAACAAGAUCAGUCUUUUGGGCUUCCUAGGAUUGGUCACCUGUCAGCCCUGUAGAGACAGCUGUGAGGGGGUACAAUGUUCUGCUGGUAAGACAUGCCUUCUGAAAGAUGGACGACCUCAGUGUGAAUGUGCCCCUGACUGUUCAGGUCUCAACAGCGAUAUUCCCGUGUGUGGGUCAGAUGGGAACACAUACCAGGAUGAAUGUGAGCUAAUCACCAACAAAUGUCGGGGGCAGCCAGACCUGGAGGUCAUGUAUUAUGGAAAAUGCAAAAAGUCCUGCUCCAAUGUGGUGUGCCCAGGGACACAUUCCUGCGUUGUGGACCAGACAGGAAGCGCCCAUUGUGUUAUGUGCCGCUCCUCACCCUGUCCAAUGCCUCUUGCCUCUGACUACAUGUUAUGUGGAAACAACAACGUCACCUAUCCCUCUGCCUGCCACCUGCGAAGAGCCACCUGCUAUUUGGGACGAUCUAUAGGGGUCCGUCAUACAGGCAGCUGUGCAGUUGGUCAACUUAAAAAAUACAGGUUAGGCCGAGCAUUGGCAAUUUUGCCAUCAGUGCAUUCAAAAUUUUCCAUGGAUCUCGAUGAUGCAGUGAAGAAUUAUGUGUGAGAUCAUUAUGAUGUCACGGUGACGACAAAAUAAGCACACGGGGCAUUCCAUGUGUAAUUUGUACAUACAGUGAGGCAUAUUUAUUAACUGGAUGUGUUAUUUAUAUGUAUCAACCAAGCUCCUCUACCCAAGAUCAUACAUAGCAGGGUUUAAUGGGUAAACUCUUGCACGUUUUUAAGGUGAUAUCUUGUAGGAAAUAUCACAUUUUGUAGUAAGAUAAGGUGAAUCUGUUGCCGCUAUGUUUUGGUGGGUGAAACCUAUUUAUAAGGGACACCUUAAAUGUGUUUCUUGGGCAGCAAAUGAAGUCUUUCCCUUUGUUUCUGGGUGGCCUAGUGACACGUGCAGACUGGUCAAUGGUGUAGAGAAUUUGGUCCUCACACCAUAUUUUGUUGUAAUGAUAUAAGGGUAUAUGGAGAUCAAUGGUUUGCUAGCACAUAAUGACACAGAAAAGAACUAUGUGACAUGAAGACUGUCUCUUGCUUCAGCAGUUAACUUAGUGACACGGAUGGAAAGGAGCUAUGAGACUGGAAGAUUGUAGCUGCUACUGCUACAUAUUAACAUACAAGCAAAGGGCAUAGCUCCUAUUGCAGGUCACCAGAGAGACACACACAUGAUGUCUUUUCAGUAUGCAUUGCUCGUUGUAAAACAAUAUUGCAGCAUUUGACAAAACUGUACAAAUAUGGAUACAUCUACCGCUGGCACAACUCAUACCAGUACAUCACAGCCACAUAAACAGGCUUUUAUUUACUGUUUAAUCCUUAUCUACUGUUCACAGUUUCGGGUGUAUUUUGUCUCCGACUUGUAAAGGUCAGAGAUCGCAGUGCUGUUUUUCUAUUUUUCUAGCUGUCUUUACUCUUUUCUAUCCAUGAAAAUAAAGUAAUUAAAAUUAAAA